AUGACUGCUGUGCCUCCUUUGGAGAUCCGUGUCUUCUCUGACUUAGUAAACAAGGCUAGAGUAGUGAAAGAGAAUGCCAAGACUAUGGCGACAUCCAAGGACACUCAUGGAGGGAGCUCUAGUCGGGGGCGUGGCAAGUAUUUCCAUCCUAGAGGUCAAAGCUUCAAAAGAGGAGAAUAUGCCCCUCAAGGUCAAAGAGGUUUCAGGAAGAACACUCAGACUCAGUUUCAGUAUGCUAAGGGGAGAGGAAAUCAGAGUAAGAAUUCUCCGAAUUUGACUUGUGUACGUUGUGGACGUUUCCAUCCUUAUGACUCAUGCAAAAUUGGUUUAGGUGGUUGUUUCAAUUGUAGGUUGCCUGGCCACAUUGCGAGGGAUUGCACUCGUGGGAGGAAUCAGAAUGCGGUUGCAUUAUAUGAUACUGGAGCUUCACAUUCGUUUAUUUUGUUUGCUAAAGUUGAGGAACUAGGCUUGAAAGUGUCAGAGUUACCUUUUGAGCUGCAUGUACAUACUCCGCAUCAAACAGUUAUAACUAGGUCAGGUUGUAAACAAGUAGGUUUCAAGCUUGAGGAUAGAGACUUUGUGCAUGAUUUGAUCUGUUUACCGAUGGUGGGGCUAGAAAUGAUUUUGGGGUUUGAUCGGUUAUCGAAGAAUCGGGUUUUGUUGGAUUGCUUUGAACGGACUAUUUGGUUUAUGCUGGAAGAAGAAAAUGGAGUAGUGGUAGCUACGGGGUAUUACCUGAACUCUGUAAUGGUGCAUUCUAGUGGGGAGGAGUGUCAGGGUUAUAUUAUGUUGGCUGCUAAUGCACUGGGUGAUGCCCAGAGCUUAGAUCAGAUUCCGGUGGUUAGAGAUUUUCCAGAAGUGUUCCCAGAAGAUAUCUCUGAGUUCCCACCUUGA